CUUGUUCGUCAGACAAUAAAAGAAGAAAGUAAUUUGUUCGUUGUGUGGGCUGUUGGUGUAUAUCCAACUAUUUUUGAGAAAGAUCGUUUUUUUUCUGUGGAUGGCAAGAUUAUACCUGGAUUUUAUGCAGGAAAUAAAAGGCUAAAGGUAUUAACAAAUAAAUGUCCGUUAAAAAUUUCUUUAAUCAGAAUUCCUCAAGAAUUACUCAAAGUACUGGAGAAUAAUGAGAAUGCUAUUUUUAAUGUGUUGAUAAGUGAUUAUACUAUUCAGGACCAUAAUUUUAUAGUUAAGAUUGUAUUUUCACAUUCCAAUUCAUGUUUUGCAUACUUGAAGAGUAUGAUACAUCUGCAUGAUUCACUUGUUUUUGUUGUUGGUCAGAUGGAAGUCAUUGAUAAUGAUUUUUAUAUUUAUGCAAAAGAUAUUAAUUACAUUGAUAUUAGUUGUUUCAAGCGAAAAAUUUCUGAUGAUAGUAGUUUUUGCGGUUUUACAGAAUCUGUUAAUUCAAUUCGUGCAAAGCUUCUUUUUACUUACCGAAAUGUUAAUGAAAAUUCUAAAGUUACCUUUAAUUUUGAGGAAUCAUUUUCAGCAGUUCUUAUAGAUUGUUUGGCAUCGUCAGAUAGUAUUCUUUCAAAGCGUGUUAGAGUUGAAGAUGAUGAUGAGUUGUUGAAUCUACGAAUGUUUUUGGGUGUACAGAGAAUAAUUAUAUGA